AAUGGGUUACAUCACUCCAGUUUUGUCUCCAUUACAGGCUUUACCAUUUAAGAUUUUGAUCCAAUAUUGGAUUUUGUAAUGGUUAUGUAACCCAAAAAUCAAAUCCGAAACUCAUAGUCCAAUCGGUUAUAACCAGUCCAGUUCACCGUCGAGGCAGGCACGAACCAAGCCCUCUGUUUCUCUCGCUCGCAAAUUUUUAUCUUUUACUGCCUUCGUAAAAUCUUCUCCUUUCUCUCUAAGGAAGGCAACAACUGUAACAAGAGAACCGAGAUCAGGAGAAAAUUUAAUAAUUAAAAGAAGCUGAAAAUUUUACAAUGCUCUUUUGAUGACUUUCAUGUCUCUCCCCCCAACCAAACGAUCUCUCUGCAACACUAAUUCUAACGCCACUGCUUCUUCUUCUUCUUCUUCUUCUCCUCCUCACUUCCAACCACCAAUGAAGAAAGACAAGUCCCAAGCGGUGGCUUGCUCUCUCGACCCAAACAAAAACGGUCUACACCACCACCACCACAACCAAAACGAUAACGACGUCGUUUUCGACCCUUUAACUAUGGCCCUCGACGAUGAUUCCAAGUCCGAUGAUGCUCGUGCUCCCGCCGCCGCUAAUUUGUCUCGCAAAAAGGCAACCCCACCUCAACCCACCAAAAAGCUUGUCAUCAAACUCGUUAAAGCGAAACCAACAUUGCCCACAAAUUUUGAGGAGGACACAUGGGCAAAGCUGAAGUCAGCCAUUAAUGCUAUAUUUUUGAAGCAACCAGAUUCUUGUGACUUGGAGAAGCUUUAUCAGGCUGUUAAUAAUCUUUGCCUUCACAAGAUGGGAGGAAGCCUUUAUCAACGAAUUGAAAAAGAGUGUGAAGAACACAUAUCUGCAGCACUAAGAUCUUUGGUUGGGCAAAGCCCAGAUCUGGUGGUUUUCUUAUCGCUUGUUGAGAAAUGUUGGCAAGAUCUUUGUGAUCAAAUGUUGAUGAUUCGUGGUAUAGCCUUGUAUCUAGACAGAACAUAUGUUAAACAAACCCCAAAUGUACGUUCAUUGUGGGACAUGGGUUUGCAGCUCUUCCGUAAGCAUCUUUCUCUGGCUCCUGAAGUUGAGCACAAAACUGUCACUGGUCUUUUAAGAAUGAUUGAGAGUGAGAGGUUAGGUGAAGCAGUUGACAGGACACUCCUUAACCAUCUUUUGAAGAUGUUUACCGCUUUAGGUAUUUACUCAGAAAGCUUUGAGAAGCCAUUCCUGGAGUGCACAUCCGAGUUUUAUGCAGCUGAGGGAAUGAAAUACAUGCAGCAAUCUGAUGUUCCAGAUUACCUGAAGCACGUAGAGAUGAGGUUACAUGAAGAACAUGAAAGAUGCUUACUCUACCUGGAUGCUCUUACGAGAAAGCCACUUAUUGUAACAGCAGAGAGGCAGCUGCUUGAACGUCAUAUACCUGCCAUUCUUGAUAAGGGAUUUGUGAUGCUGAUGGAUGGACAUCGUAUUGAGGACAUUCAGAGGAUGUACUCACUGUUUUCAAGGGUCAAUGCUCUUGAAUCACUUAGGCAGGCCCUAAGCUCAUAUAUUCGGAGAACUGGGCAGGGCAUUGUGAUGGAUGAAGAGAAAGAUAAGGACAUGGUGCCUUCCUUGUUAGAAUUCAAGGCUUUGCUUGAUUCAAUAUGGGAAGAAAGCUUUUCCAAGAAUGAAGCAUUUUGCAACACCAUUAAGGAUGCAUUUGAACAUCUAAUUAACCUACGUCAAAACCGACCUGCUGAGCUGAUCGCAAAGUUUCUGGAUGAAAAGCUUCGUGCUGGUAAUAAGGGUACUUCAGAAGAGGAAUUAGAGGGUACACUUGAUAAAGUUUUGGUUUUAUUCAGGUUCAUCCAGGGUAAGGAUGUCUUUGAAGCAUUCUAUAAGAAGGAUCUUGCAAAAAGGCUGCUGUUAGGAAAGAGUGCUUCUAUUGACGCAGAGAAAUCCAUGAUUUCUAAGCUGAAGACCGAGUGUGGUAGCCAGUUUACAAACAAACUUGAAGGAAUGUUUAAGGAUAUCGAAUUGUCAAAGGAGAUAAAUGAAUCAUUCAAGCAGUCAUCGCAGGCCAGGACAAAACUUCCAUCGGGAAUUGAGAUGAGUGUCCAUGUCUUAACAACCGGGUACUGGCCUACAUAUCCACCCAUGGAUGUUAGGCUUCCUCAUGAAUUGAAUGUCUAUCAGGACAUCUUUAAGGAAUUCUACUUAAGUAAGUACAGUGGAAGGCGCCUAAUGUGGCAAAAUUCAUUAGGUCAUUGUGUGCUGAAAGCAGAUUUUCCCAAAGGUAAAAAGGAGCUGGCAGUUUCCCUAUUUCAGACUGUAGUUCUGAUGUUGUUCAACGAUGCCCAAAAGCUCAGCUUUCAAGACAUUAAGGACUCCACUGGCAUAGAGGAUAAAGAAUUGAGAAGGACCCUGCAGUCCCUUGCAUGUGGGAAAGUACGAGUCCUGCAAAAGUUGCCGAAAGGGAGGGACGUGGAGGAUGAUGAUUCAUUCAUUUUCAAUGAAGGAUUUACUGCUCCUCUCUAUCGUAUAAAGGUAAAUGCUAUCCAGAUGAAAGAGACAGUGGAGGAGAACACAAGCACUACUGAAAGAGUAUUUCAAGACCGUCAAUAUCAGGUUGAUGCUGCUAUUGUUCGGAUAAUGAAGACGAGGAAAGUUCUGAGUCACACUCUUCUGAUAACUGAACUCUUCCAACAGCUUAAGUUUCCCAUAAAACCGGCUGAUUUGAAGAAAAGAAUUGAGUCUCUCAUCGACAGGGAGUACCUGGAGCGUGACAAGAACAACCCACAAAUAUACAAUUACUUGGCAUAGUUCACUUUUUUUUUCUUUCCUUUGAUAGAUAUCUCCUUGCAAGUGACACGGGAAACUUUGGUCUUCUCCAAGAGGCGGGAGCUGAAAUCCCCUGUCAGAUCCGUGUACAGUAACUUGUAUUUAUUUUGUUGCAAUCGAGAUUGUAAUUGUAAAAGCAUAUUUAGCCUCUGUUUUGAUACUUAUUGUUACGGACUUGACAUUCGAGUUACUUGAAAUAAGGCUAAGCUGCAUUUUUUUUCUUGGGUUGUAUGCGUGUGUUUCCCCUUUUUGAGAAUUCUGUUUUAUUUUCUUUGUCAAGUGUGAGGCGGCAUGGGCAUUAGAUCACCCCCCAACAAGCUGGGGUUGGGUGUGGAUGAGCUUCACAUUUUCUCCAAGCUCAGGGGUUUCUUGUUCGAUAAAAAUAAACUUGUUUAAGAUUCAGAUUAUCUACUCAAGU